AUGUCGGACUCACUGCUCACCUCGGGUUCAGGGUUCGAAAACCCAACUGGCGACGGGGUAGAGACUGGAGCUGGGGCUGGGGAUUGUCCAGCCCCCGCCGUAGAAAAUGAAGAUCCAGACCACAGAACCAGUGAUAUUGCUUCUCCAAUGAUGACUGUCUUUGAUCAAGACCUUCCAUCCUCAACUUGCAGGCCACAGAUUGUAUCUUCUGUGACUGAGGAUGUAGCAGAAAAUCCUGGAAAAGGUGAUGGUGCUUUGGAGGAGCAGGCAUUGGUGGGUCAGGAAACACUGUCAGGAGACCAACUUAUUAAAGAGAUGACCAAGUACCCAGUGCUGAAAGGAUCAGGAGAUGUGGUUAUGAUCCAGUCAGACACAGGAGACCCAGGCACGGUGGAUGCCCUUUCAACCGAGUUGGAGUCUGCAGAUCUUCUCGGAGAACAGAGAAAAGUCUCAACACCUCCUCUGUCUCCUCCAUCCAUAUGGACUUUUGCCAAGAUGAAGGAAUUCAAAACCAAGAUGAGCAAGGUGAAGAAUUCUCGGCUAGUGGUGAAGCGGGGUGAGGUAGUAACAGUUCGUGUGCCCACCCACCCUGAUGGGAAGCGUCUCUUCUGGGAAUUUGCUACUGAUAAUUAUGACAUUGGCUUUGGUGUCUAUUUUGACUGGACCCCUGUCACCAGCACUGCUGUCACUGUGCACGUCAGUGAGUCCAGCGAUGAGGAUGAGGAUGAUGAAGAGGAUGGGGAGGGAGGGAUUGAAGGACUCGUCCCAAUUGGAGAUGUAGAGAUGGGCUCCAAGAGCUCUCUUCGGAAUCGCUAUGGGGAGAUCAUGCCAGUUUAUCGGAGAGAUAGCCACCGGGAUGUACAGGCUGGUUGUCAUGACUACCCAGGAGAAGGCAUCUACCUGCUUAAAUUUGAUAAUUCCUACUCACUCCUACGCAACAAGACUCUCUACUACCAUGUAUAUUACACCAGCUGA